UAUCCUCCAGACAAGUACUCUGACUCUCCACGUGACCCAAACCCGAAAGCAUCUGCUGUCGUUCUAGUACUCGAGACUCUGCGGUGGCCGGGAAUACCAAAUCAGGAAAUACCUGAACUACCCCGCCAAGAUCAACCCGACGUCAUGUUAUUUCGUCAAAAGGCCGUGCCCUAUUUCGUCCAUCUGAACUACGUCACUAUCCACUCCCCUGCCCUCUUUCCCUAUCUCGAUAAAGAAAUUUUUCACAGAGAGGGAGAGAGCCAGCCUCCGACUGAGACAGACAUGCAGCCUUAUAGAAGCGCCGGCAACGACAGCAGCGGAGAGGCUGCACGCUGGCUUGCCGCAGCCGAGAAGGUACUUGCUUCCGGCGAUCUACAUAGCGCCAAGUCCUUUGCUAUUCGGGCCCGGGAAUUCGAUCCCAGACUCGAUCUAUGCGACCGGAUCAUUGCCGUGGCCGACACUAUUCUUUGCGCUGCUCCUCGAAUCAGCGCCGGACGCUACCCAGACUGGUAUGCAAUUCUCCAACUCGACUCCUUGACUCAGAAUAUGGAGCUCAUCGCUACUCAGUAUCGUAAACUCGCCCUCCUUCUCGACCCUCAGAGAACUCGCCUUCCUCUCGUUGACCAGGCUUUCAGGCUCGUCUCAGAUGCGUGGUUGGUGCUCUCCAAUCCGAAUAGGAAGUCGCUCUAUGAUACCGAGUUACAGUUGGGCGAGUUAGGUCAAAAUCAGCAGAAACAAACGCCUCCGAAACCAGUACGAACAAGCCCGAGAAAUAAGGAUGGUAGGGUUGUAACAGAACCAGAACCGAGUUUAACCAUGGCCACCCCCACUACCUCCCCCGCUAUCACCCACGUCACUACCACCCCCGCUACCACCCACGCUAUCACCCCCGCCACUACCACCCCCGUCACUACCACCCCCACUACCACCCCCGCAAGUAUCGCCACCACCACCGCCGCCACGGCCAGCAAUGAGACUGCGUCGACUCGUCCGAGUCAAUCAACUCGGCGGACGAUUCAGUCGGAUGAGUAUGUGGGAGAUAGAUUCUGGACAGCUUGCCGAUACUGUUAUAUACUCUACGAGUACCCAAAAAUUUACGAGGAGUGUACGCUUAGGUGUCAGAAUUGCCGCAGAGCGUUCCACGCGGAGACUAUACCUUCACCGCUGCUGACGGAGAACCAAACGCAUUUCUGCUGUUGGGCGGUUUUCCCCUUAGGUUUCUCAGGAAAUGCUAAAGGCGCCAAUGGGUUCGCUAAUUGGUCACCCUUUUCGCCAAUGUUUGCUUGUCCAUCACCGCAGGGAUGCAAAAAUGCUAGAAAGGGAAAGAAAACUGCGCCUAGGUUUACCUAUGACGAUGAGGAUGUGUAUGUAGAGCUUUCGGACGUUAGUGAGGAUGAAGAGUAUGACGAUGACGAUGAAUGGGAGGAUGAGAGACUGACAAAGAGAUCCAAAAACACGACUGCCAAAAGUCCUGCCAGUAAUAGAAGCACAAAGAGAGUACAGAGUGGUAGGGCAAAGAGAGGAAAUGUAGAGGGAGAGUCGAGUCGCAAGAAGCAGACUGCGAAGGGGGCAAAGGAGCUGGGGAAGUUGGAUUUAAAUGUGGAGUUCAGUAAUGAGGUGGAGGAUCCUGCGCCUGUCGUGAGGGAAGGAAAUGUGGCAGGUAAUGGCGAGGAGGAUAAUAUUGGUAGUGGGUUUUUUGAGGGUCUUGACGAGUUCCUGAGUAGUUUGCCGAUACUCAACGUUGUGGCCGAUGACAAGGUUAGAGCUGGUUAGUGAAGUAAGACCUCUUCAUCAUCUUGUUGUUGUAUUUUGCUUUUCUGUAGUUCAUUGUAUGCUUCCAGUGUUGACCAUGUAGAGCUUCUGUAUGUUACAAAGCUGCCUUCAUCUGCAAUGAAAUCUCGUUUAUGGCUCCAAUGAC